UUUGUACCGAAGGACCGAAAAUAAAGAUAGAGGUUAGGUAGGUUAAGAUGGAGAAGCACGUGAAAAACGCUCGAGAGACAAAUUGGAAGGAAUUGAGCGAAGCCGAGAGCGUCGAAAGAUGCAAGAAUUGUGGCAGAGCAUGCGACUGUUACGACAAGCCAGCGUUGCGUUGCAGCGGUGGAUGCGGCCAAAGUAUACACACGGCGUGCUUGGAGAGAGGCAGCGUCCCGGCCUCUUUCGUGGGAGAUGUCUUCUUCGAGCUCAACUGUGCCUCCUGCAGUCCGCUGGCCGAGGAAACGGUGGUGCGCGACAAAAUGCCGUGGCUCAACGUCAUCAUUUUGACGCUUUACAACCUACGUGAAAAAUCCAACGGCAUCAGCAAAAGGGGAUACUUUCAUUGGAAGUCCGACAUCGGCACUUUUAUCGAUAGAAAUUGGGAUUACUUGUUCAAGAAGACUGUGAAAAGGAAGAAGAAUUGGAUCGGCACCAUAUCCGGUACGUUGUCCCAUUACAGCGGCAUCUUCUUCAAGUCCGGCACCGGUGAAUUGGGAGAGUCCGGAUGGUGGAAACUAUUGGACAGCGAUCCUCCCGAAAUUCUCAUCGCCAAAAAUCACAAAAUGAUAAUGGAUAGAAAGAAACACGUCGGUGGAAAAUUAUCUCGUAAACGAUCGAGCAGUCCCGUGCCGUCGGACUCGAGUCUCUCCGUCGGAGAGGACAGCAACUGCAGUGGCGAACUGUUGAAAAACAAAAGCUCGAUAUAUUCCCAGGCGUACGUUCAACCCACGGAGACGUUAUCCGACUUUAUACUGGAAGAGGACGAGCCAAACGGUACGUGGUAUCCUUAUACCUUUAUAAGUACAAUAUCGAGUUGUAUCGAGAUGCAUCUUGUAGAGAUAGAUAUGGAGCUCGAGGAUGAAAUAAUGUUGCGCAACGAGAAUAACGUCCCAUCCAUCUCCGAUUUGAUUCGCGACUGUCAGUACGAAAGCAACAAUUUUCACUUGGCGCAGCUGAUGGAUAACUGUGACUGGUUGUGCGACACGAGCGCUUUAUCGCCAAGCUGUAGCGGCGAUAACCAAGUUAAAGAGAUCAAGGAGGAAAGAUACGACGAGGAUAGUAACAGCAGCCCAGUUUCCAUACAAGAAGAGCAGCCUCCAGUCUCCUUGUUUAAAGAAGCGAAACGCCAUCGAGGACCUUUGGACCAACGAUCCAAGUCGUUUCUUACCAACGAAAAGAUAUCGCCCAUGACUCGUCAGGAGGAAGCCUAUCUGUUGCAAAGGAUCGGUAAGACCGAUCUAGACAAAGCCCCGCCCGCCGUUAGAAGAUUGUACAGGAAGUUGGCGGUGCGAAAGACCAAGAGAGAGUAUCGGCUACCUCUGUUGGACGUCGAUCGCUGCUUCGGGUCUAAAUCGGGUGAUCUCGUGGCUCCAAACUCGACGAGCAAGCGCGACCGAGUGCUGGAUCGAUUUUUCAGCGACGAUCUAGGCUGCAUAUUCGAACAAAGAUUACAGGGCUACAACGAACCGACGUCCGUACACAGUCCGUACACGAAUAGACUAUUGAAGCCGUUCAUAAGGCGAGACACUUGUUGUCAGCCGCUGUGGUUGAGCAUCGUGGAAGAGUUGCUUGCGAAAGUGAACGGCAGCGAGCCAGGAUGGAAAGCUGGGCCCAGGGCGCCCGUCGAUUAUUCUUACGUCAGGCCGCAACACAUUGCCGCGAUCAACAGUCUCUGCUGUCAGUUCUUUUGGCCCGGUAUAGAUUUGACCGAGUGUCUGCAGUAUCCGGACUUUACGUGCGUGGUGCUGUACAAGAAGCUGGUCGUAGGCUUCGCGAUAUUGGUGCCGUACGUCGGCUACAACGAGGCCUACAUCUCCUUCUUUUUCACACGGCCGGAGUGGCGGAAGUCCGGUAUCGGCACCUUCAUGCUGUACCACCUGAUACAAACCUGCAUGGGCCAAGACGUGACGUUGCACGUGUCGGUGACGAAUCCCGCUUUAAUACUGUACCAGAAGUUCGGCUUCAAAGUGGAGGAGUUCGUUCAGGACUUUUACGACAAGUAUAUGCCGCCGAAUUCGCGAGAAUGCAAGCACGCUUUGUUCCUACGUUUAAGUAGGUGACUUGAAUAAAUGCGAUUUAAACGUU